GAUCAACAUAAAAAAAAUCGAAACAUUCAGAACAGACAUCUCCCUCUCAUUGCACUUACUAUAUUGCUGAGGGAAUCUUCUGUGAGAAAUAAGUUCUCCAUGCCAAAAACCCAUCAAUCAAUCAAAAAUGGCCUCCAAGAUCGAACUCCUUGAUUCUGAUCUCUUGGACCUCCCUCCAAGCUGCAUAGAAUUUUGGCCGAAUAACCCUUCAUGGUUCGUCAUUGGUACCUAUGAGUUAGACAAGGAGGAUGAAGACUCAUGGGUAAACGUUGAGAAGGCUUCGAGUGAAGUUGUGAAUACAGACCCUUUUCCCAAUAAAGAAGGAAUUAUCUCUCCAGCUCCUCUGAGUUUAGUCGAUUAUUCUCAUGAACCACUUGUGUUUGUCGAAGAUACCGAUGUUGUCUCGGAAGAAUCGAAAGGCCAAUCAGAGCCUCCAUCAACUCUUCAAAAAAGAAACGGCAGUGUAAUGCUAUACCAUCUUGAGGAUGGUUCCCUAACCCUUUGCCAAUCACGUCCAUACCCAUAUGGAGCGAUUUAUGAUCUUCACUUCUGCCCCACAGACCAAGAUUAUUUUGCAGUUUCCUCCAGCACGGGCAGGAUAUCUCUCUUCAAAAUAACGACGAAUGAGGAUACUUCUCCCAAUCUUGAACACAUCAAUACAUGGAAAGUAUUUGACGAUUCCGUUCUGAUCACCUAUUUUGCAUGGUGUCCCUCAACAUCCACGGAUGGCUUCCUAUCUUUAGCUGUAACAGCUUCAACCGGAGUUGUUCAAAUACUCAACAUCACUGGAGCUAUCUACGGAAAGAUACACGGUUCGGACUUACGCAUGAGGAAGGAAGAACCGCCAGUAUCAUUGCAUUCUUUGAAAAUCCCAUAUUCUGGCGAGGAGCCUCAAUAUGCAUAUUGCUGCUAUUGGGCUUGUCAUCCUUACACGUCUUCCGAAAAUUUCCACGGUAUUUUUUCAGGAGGUGAUGAUUCGAAACUCCGAACUUGCAUUCUAGGAAAUCCCCGUAAUAGGGAUAACCAUGAUGAUUUGAAUUUACAAACGUCAUACUCGGGGCAUGAUGCUGCUGUUAUUUCUAUUCUACCAUUACCAUGUGGGGGUAAAAGAUGGAUUUUCUUAACUGGUAGCUAUGACAAUAAAGUCAGAGUCAUUGUCAUGGAAUGGUCCCAUGGCCCAGUAACUUAUGAUCAGCUUGCAGAAGAAACGCCAAUCGAUGUUUUAGCAGAUUUAGAUGUUGGAGGUGGAGCGUACCGUCUUGAAUUCCUCCACGAGUAUCCUAGACCAACCGAGAACGAACCCAAAAUCGAUUCUAGCGACGAUAUAUCCUUUCAAGUACUAGCGUCAUGCAUGGAAGUCGGCGCGAAAAUCUUAGAGGUAGAACGAAAGGAUAACAUUUGGAGUGUUAAAGUCCUUGCAUCUACUGACAUCGAAAUACCCAAAUGGCCAAACCCCACCAACAAAUCUCAAUUGUGUUACGCCAGCGCAGUUCAGCCUGGUAGAAGAGAUGGAGGUCUGGUAUUCCUUAGUUCUUAUUUCAAUAAGAGACGACUGAGUGGUACACCAAAAAAAGUACAACCUACUAUCACGAAUGAAGAUAUGGUUUUUGUUAGCACGUGUUUCAACAAGCGACAAUUGGGUGUUUAUAAAUUUGUGGAGGGGGGUAAUGAUGAGAUUGACGAGAUUGCAGCUGGAGUUGAGGCUCUUUAAGCAUAAAAGUGUUUGAUUGAUGGAAAUAUUGGAGCAUUAUAGGUAUUCUUAAUACUCGCAUUGUUAAAAACCUGCAGUGAAUUAGGCGUCGGAUGAAAGCUUGUUGGUGGAUAUUGCCGAGAAUACCACCAUCAUCAAGAUGGGUACCUCGCAGUCCGACAGGCAUAAAUCUUUAGAAAACGAUCUUGGAGAAGGAACACCUGUAUUUAGUUAAAUGUUCCGACCCCAAAAGAUAGUUGGUUUAUCUUAUAUAUAACGAUCUCAUCUACUUGACGAGAAAACUUUAUGUCAGACGAACACCGCACAAUUAGUAAUCUAUUCCUUCUCAACCCAGAGCAUCCUCAAUAAAAAUCCCCGAAAACACA